UCAAUCGCGGCUCUCCUCGCUCGAGUGCUCGGCGGCGGAGUCUUCGUUAGGCUCGCAUUCCUGGAAUUCCGCCGUAGUGAUGUCACGAGGGACUGCGCGCGCCCUUCGCUUUAAACCUGCGUCUGCGUGUGCGCGCGCGCCCCCGCCGGGACCUUAUUACACAUCUGAGCAGAUCCCGUUUUUUUUUCCCCUUUCGGAAAGCAAGAAAGCGCCUGGAAAAGCUAAGCGAGGAUUUAUUCUUUUCGUGGAAACGGGACGUGCCGCUGACCUUUUCAGAAAAGUUUGGAAUUUCUUUUUUCUUUUCUUUCAAGGAACAUGGAUCAUUUAGUGUGGUGAAUACAAAACUCCACCGCUGGCGAUUCUAGCGGAGCGAAAAGUCAAAGGUGUGGAAAGCGCAGAUUUUUUUUUUUCUUGUAGCAGAGGAGGAGGAUUUAUGUCCCGCAUGGGGAGCGCUUCUCUGUCUGGGACGAUCAACACCACAACCGGGCUGCGAGGAACCGCGAAGGAUCUCCAUGAGCUUGUCCGGAGCCCGAAGCAGGCGGCAGCGACGUGGGACUGGUGCUCCCGGACAUAACCCCGUUGAUGCUGUUGGAUAUGUGACAGGCCUUUCCUGCUUUCGAGUUCUUCGGGUGAUGAAAGUGACGUGUGGUACUAAGGAAGACUCCCCAAAGAAGCGCGUCCCGUCUAUGGACCCCCCUGCCGGCUUGUAAUCCCCUCAGCCAUGCCGUUUCGAAUCAAGCUGCGGCGCACUCGGCGCUACAACGUCCUGAACAAGAACUGCUUUGUGACGCGGAUCCGUCUGCUGGACACGAAUGCCAUCGAGUGCACGCUGUCUGUGGAGAGCACCGGUCAGGAGUGCCUGGAAGCCGUCGCCCAAAGACUUGAACUACGAGAGACUCACUAUUUCGGCUUGUGGUUUCACAGUAAAUCUCAACUUCAGCGGUGGGUAGAACUGCAGAAACCUCUGAAGAAGCAGCUCGAUAAAUUUGGCAAUGAACCGCUGCUGUUUUUUGGCGUGAUGUUCUACGUGCCAAAUGUCGCUAAACUGGAGCAAGAAGUCACGAGGUAUCAGUAUUACCUUCAAGUGAAGAAGGAAGUUCUUGAAGGGCGACUGCCAUGUUCAGUAGAGCAGGGGAUCAGGCUUGCUGGUUUAGCCGUUCAAGCUGAUUUUGGAGACUUCAAUCUUUUUAAGUCCCAAGAUUUCCUCAGGGAAUAUGAGCUGUUUCCAGUGCAAUUAACCCAAGAUGAAGAAGUACUAGAAGAACUGACCCAGAAAGUAGCACAAGAGCAUAAGAGUCACUGCCGGAUGCCCCCUGCCGAAGCUGAGCUUCUCUACAUCAAAGAAGUUGAACGACUAGAAGGUUUUGGUCAAGAAACUUUCUCUGCUAAGGAUAACCUAACGAAUGAAAUUUCUCUUGGAGUUUCCUUCAUGGGAGUGUUUGUUAGGGACAGAAACGGCCGAUCCACCGCAACAUACAGUUGGAUCAACAUUGUAAAUAUCUCGCACAACAAAUCUGCAGUUGCACUAGAGCUGGCAAACCGAGAAGAGACGGUCCUCUUUCACGUGGAAGACAUUGAAAUGGCAAAAUACCUGUCAAGGUUGUUUGCAGCACGACAAAAAUUUGUCAAAGAGAACAAAAUUUGCACCGAACUCUCCCAUUCGCCUGUGCCGAUCAGAAGAAGGCCGACUUGCAGCAGGUCUUCCUUGUCAAGGCAUCAGCCAUUCAUUGUGACGUCGAUGCAUUCCCAGUAUGGAGAUCAUCACCAAGAAACUCACACUUCACAAGACAGUAUUUAUCAUGAAGAUGGCAGCUUGUACUACAGAUCUCAAACGAGCCUUGACCGAUGCCCAGUUGACUAUAACCACAUCAAUGGAAAAGUUCCCAACGGCAGCGUGUACAGCGCGUCAAGUAUGAACUCGCUCAAUCACUCUCAUAACUUCAUGCAGGCCUCUCCGGUGUCGUCGAAUCUCAGCAUACCUGGCAGCGACAUCAUGAGGCAGGACUACAUUCCAAGUCACCGCCACAGCGCUAUCAUCGUACCCUCCUACCGGCCAACUCCAGAGUACGAAACUGUCAUGCGACAGAAGAGGGGCAUCGUAGCCAUGGACUGUCACAGUCAGUCGCUGAGGAACCUCAACAUCGGCAACACCUGUGCUUACAGCCAACCGGAGGAAAUGGUGUACAGUCAGCCGGAAAUGAGAGACCGCCAACCUUACUUCAAUCACUAUGGGGUCCCAGUUAACUACAGUAAACCUGUGGUACCUUCAGCGCAGACAACUCCCGGCGGCUCCUCUCAGGGCUAUUCGGCCGCCAGUGCCAUUUCUCACACGGUCAGCACUCCUGAACUGGCCAAUAUGCAACAACAAGGAACUCAGAAGUACAGCACAACUCACAUGCUCAGGAACCAUUUCUUCCGACCGCCGCCUCCCUACCCGCGUUUCCGCCCUGCUACCAGUACCCCUGAUCUGGCUAGCCACCGACACAGAUACGUUAGCGGGAGCAGUCCAGAACUGAUCACUCGCAAAGUUCAGCUGUCUGUGAAGACGUUUCAGCAGGACAGCUCACCCGUUGUGCAUCAGUCCUUACAAGAGGUCAGUGAGCCGCUCACUGCUGUCAAACAUCAUCAAGUUGCGCAAAAAAGGCAUAGCCUGGAGGUUAUUAGCAGUAUGGUUCGCGGAAUGGAGGCCAUGGCUCUAAAGACGCUAAACGCGCCACUGCCUCGCAGGAAUACGCUCAGAGAGCAGGUCCAAGCAGGAGAUCCUAUUCAGAAGGUCCAAGAGGCCCCCCAGCAUUCCCAGUAUCAGCACUCCAAGACCUUUUCUGAUGCCACCAUGGUGAUACAUGGCAGUGAAAGUGAAGAGGAGGACUAUGCUCCCGACUAUGAUGUACUGAUACCAGCGUUCAAUGAAAAUAUUGCUAUUCACAUGCAAACAGCUUGGCCAAAAAUGCCCAAUAAGCCUCCACCCGAGUACCCUGGGCCAAGAAAGACUGUGAGCAAUGGGGCCAUAAGACAAGAACAGCUGACUCUCGUUCCAGUGGACACCAUCCAAGCCAGAAUGGUGGGAGCAGGGCCCAAUCAUGCAGCCAACCCCUCUCGCAGUGAGCAAGUUUCCCUCAAUGGACCCUCACUGGGACCCUCCCUAUCAGAGCCCGAUCUGACAAGCGUGAAGGAGCGUGUAAAGAAGGAGCCCGUCAAGGAGCGUCCCGUAUCUGAACUCUUCUCCAUAGAGGACAGCAUCGUGGAGCGAGAGAUCGUGCUAAGGAAUUUAGAGAAGCAAAAGCUGGCAGCUAUGGACUCCCUCAAGAGGCCACUGAUGUUGGCGGCACUCAGUGGACUUUACACAACAAGGGUCCCGUCUCCUCGGGACAAGGAGGACGAUGCCAUCAAGAUGUCAACAGAUGAGAGGUGCAAGGCUUUAGAAAGAAAGCUGGAAGAAGAAAUGGUGUUUACGGAAUACGAGCAGAUCCUCAAGAAGAAGACUGACGGUGACUUCUCCACAGCCCUGCUGCAGGAUAAUGUCGAACGAAACCGCUUCCGGGACGUUAUUCCCUAUGACGAGAACCGAGUGGAGUUGGUUCCCACCAAAGAAAACAAUACGGGAUACAUCAACGCCUCACAUAUCAAGGUCAAUGUUGGAAAUGAGGACUGGCACUACAUCGCCACCCAGGGGCCACUCGCUAACACAUGCCAAGAUUUUUGGCAGAUGGUCUGGGAGCAGGGAGUGAACGUCAUUGCCAUGGUCACGGCCGAGGAGGAGGGAGGCAGGACAAAGAGUCACAGGUACUGGCCGAAACUGGGAUCGAAGCACACCUCGGCCAACUACGGCAAGUUCAAAGUGACAACCAAAUUCCGCACGGAUUCGGGCUGCUAUGCAACCACGGGGUUAAAGGUCAAGCAUCUCCUCCUCGGGCAGGAGAGAACGGUUUGGCACCUGCAGUACACCGACUGGCAGGACCAGCGUAUUCCUGAGGACGUGCAGGGAUUCUUGUCAUACCUUGAAGAGAUUCAGUCAGUACGACGACACACCAACAGCAUGCUGGAACCUUCCAAAGGCAGAAACCCACCUGUGGUGGUGCACUGCAGUGCUGGGGUAGGCAGGACCGGGGUUGUCAUCCUAGCAGAACUGAUGAUUAGCUGCCUUGAGCACAACGAGAAAACAGAUGUUCCCAUGAUGCUCCAAAGCCUCCGACAGCAGCGUAUGCUCAUGGUCCAGACUGUGGCUCAGUACAAGUUUGUCUACCAGGUCCUGAUUCAGUUUCUGAAGAACUCCAGACUGAUUUAACCGUUGGAUCCAAUACUGCGAUCCAUAAAGACCACCUGGAACUCUGCAUGUCCGGGUCUGUGAUGGACAGCGAGGAUGUCAUCCAAGUUGUCAGUGAGGUGGGCCCCUAAGCCUCAUUUUGGUUAAAUCUUUCCAUCGUUACGUCAGUAGACCUUUGUGAUCGUGUGCUUUACAAGUAGUAAGGGCAAAUCCGUGAAGUCGACUGUAACAUUUGUGUAAAUUCAAUGUAACAAGCCAUAGCAUGGAAAUGACUUGUUUUCGUGUUUUAGGACAUGCUGCUGGCCUUGUCUUGGUAUUUUGGCCACAUGGUUUAUAUUUUCAUGUGCGUCGUCUUAUUUUGUUGACACUUACAUUUCACGCUUAUAUUUCAAACUGCCGCUUUUGUUUUUUUUUUUGUUUGUUUUGUUACGAAGUUUACAUCUUGAUAUUGACUGUAAUUCACUGCUUAUGUGCUCUUGCUCUGUUGACUUGUCUGAGCCGAUGACGGCGAUGAUUUAAAGCGUCAUCACUGGCUGAAAAUCUGACCGAUGUUUGACAUCACUAUGUGAUCUUCUGGUGUAAGACGAGUCCUGUGGUCACAAGUAAGAGGAGAAGCAAAAUCUCAUUUCAUGUUGAGGAAUCCCAUUGCAUAAAUUACGUGUGCUACCCGGUGGAACACAGUUGACGGUCCUUUGUGUUUGAGGCCUUUUGGGACAGGAUGGUGUAAACAAGUUUUGUUCAUUAAAUAGUACAGUCACAUUUUCCACUUCUACAAGCAUAAUGUGGUUGCCUUACGACAGUCAAUAACGUCAAUCUUUAAUUUAUCACUGCCUUCUCAAGUGCCUUAUUUUUAUUUUUUUAAAGAACAGAGAAACUUAUACUUUGAUAGAUUGCUUUAAAGCUAAAUAAGUGUAAAUAUUCCUGUACAGUGCCUGCCACUAAUGUGCACCGUUAUACGUGAACGCGCCAUCGCUCUGGCGCGCUUAGGAAACUUUUAGCGUGUUAUUCGUUUCUCCCCUUUUAAAAACCUCAUUUGAAGUAGCAAGAUACUAAGUGAGCCGUGGCCAGUCGGUGAAUCGUUUCACUACGAGCAUCGAAAUUGUCCUGACAGAACCACAGUGUUUAGACCAGGAACCAAACGUGCCUUAUAUGUUCUCAUUGUUUUAAGACUAUAUAUAUAUAUAUAUUUAUUUAAGUGUAUUUAAGAGCUGGCUCUUUUUAAUGCUCAUUUCCGAGCAUAACUGUGUGACACCUCCGACAGACUGUGACCUUCAUGGAUUUCCCUUCUCAUCUAACACAACCCUCUCUGUCCAAGUAAAUGUAAAAAUAUAUAUUCACUUUUUGUAUGUGCUGCUUUGACUUAACAACUUUUUAACAUUUUUAUUUUUAUAAUAAUGCCCUGUGUUUUAGAAAAAGUCAAGUUUAAGGCAGACAGUGUUGUAAAUAUAAACUCGGACAGCAGUUGGGGGGCAUGAAUAUACAGUUUAUAUAUAUAUAUAUAUAUAUAUUUUAUUUUUUUUUUAUUUUUUUGCUGACAUUAUUUGUGUAAGUGGUCACGUUACACAUUUCUAAUUGCUGUAUAAUGUUUAUUUGAUACACUGUAGCUUUUAUAUUUAGAGAAGUGCGCCUCAUUUUUAUACUUUUGCUGAAAUCGAUUAUUUAUUGUUGAGUAAAGAGUUACGACGUGUGACCGCUUUCACUUUUAGCAUCUUGUCCAUCAUAUUUUUUUUUUUAUGAGACUUGACCAAAAUGUUCUCUCCACAUGUCUAAAAUGCAGCAGCACAGGUGGUAUACAACCUGCAGGUUUGAGAACAAGCAACUCCCGACUCGCUGGGUGACCUGCGGCCCUUCCGAAUUCACGGCAACCUUAACGGAUGAUGUUCAGUGCGUCUCGCUAUGUUUUAAAAUUAUGAGACUUGACUGAGCUUUAAAGAAAUACAGUGGACCCUUGACUUACAACCAGCCCUCGUGAACGAAUUGAGUUCGUAACUCAAGUUGGUUGUAAGUCAAGACUAAUUUUCCUAUAAGAAAUAAUGGAAAUACCCAUAAUGUGUUCCGAACUGCCCACAGCAACACUUACUUAACUUUUUUUAAUAGAAAAGGGUUUUAUAAUGUGCAUAAUGUACCAAAAACACCAAUAAUUUUUCUAAUGUACUAACCAAAAAGUGCCUAGCCUACCAGAAACAACAAUUUCAUACUGUACUCACCAUUUAAGUUGACAUCUUUGGCUUGCAGGAAUGGAGAAGGAGGAGGAGAAUGAAAUGGAAGGUGGUUAUUGUUUGGAAGGAGUUUCCUUAUACAAAUGUUUUCUUUGUAAAAUUGUCGAGAUGGUGGAUUUCGACAUGCUGUACAUAUUAGCAAGAUUGGUCACACAAACACCACUCUCAUAUUUCCACACAAUUUCCUUCUUCGUUUCGAUUAUGAUCACUUUCUUUACCUUCAUUACCUUCUCUUCCUUCCUUAGCAAUUAUCGAAAUAAAUUAUAUAAAUCACUGCACUGACCAAAAUUAUGUCCACAAACACAUGUAUCUGGGCUUCGACUGACGCUUACAAACGCUCUCGGCUGUUUGUUUACAAUCGCACAAGUGGAUACACGUGACCGCAUUCGGGUCGUAACGCAAUACGUUGGUUGCAAUUCAAAACAAAAAUUUUGGUCGUAAACCAAGUUGCUCGCAUGUCAGGCCGGUCGUAUAUCAAGGGUCGACUGUACUCCACUCAAAAGUGAUAUACGUAUUUUAAUAUAUGACAUUCCCCAUACGCUUUAUUGUGACGGCUGACAAAAUUUUUAUCAAAACCCAAGAUAAAAUUUCUGAUAGAAUGGCUGCCUAUGGAGAGCAUCACUGGAUUACAAGCAAACAAACAAUUUAAAAAACAUCCACGGGAAAAAAAAUCUUGUUACUGUUGUCACGUAAUCGGUGUGUCUAGUUAUCCAGUCGUAUGCUCACAAUGACAAAAACGUAUGCAAUAUUUCUGAAAAAUGAGAGCAGCACACACCGAGACAUCGCAUUCACCAGGGCUCAAGCUUUUGAAUCGAAGACAAGACCAGUGAGUGAGGCAAAGAGACGGGUCUGCAACUGAAAAGCGUUGUACCUGUUUUAACAGCUGUGUAGCCUGGCAUGACACAGGCUGUAAUCAGAUGAUUCUAUCUGUUAAACGUAUAAACGUGCAAUCCUACCAGGAAUUUGUAGCACACCUGAUCCCGUUUGAAACGUUCUACGUCUCUUGCUACAACUUGACCGGACUGUCCGCCUUCCACAAAGGCAGACAGCAUAAACACGGAUUUGCUUCCUGUUUGGUCAGUGGGAAUUGAAAUGUAGAAUUGACCAACAAGAUUCCACAUACUAACCAACAAAAAAAAAAAAAGAUCAUCAAGAGCCCAUUAGCCUUUUAAAUCAGGUCAGACUAACUCUUACGAGUGGCGACAUUACAACCUUUAACAACUUUCCUGCAGUUUUGUAUGGAUUUGAAAAAGCUUGCAAGUCAGGUUAAAUGUCACAGGGUGUAGGAACCACUGUGAGAAAAGGCUUUGCAAAGAAAGGCCAAUUGUUGUUACAGGAGCGCCGACUGACUCUAGUUUGAAAAAUGUCGUUAACGGCACCCGUGCCUUGAGCGGCGCACAUAGCUGACACACAACGGAGACAAACGGGCGACUUUCUAAGGUGUUUCUAUGUCCCGUUGAGAUACCACAGCUGUUCCAUCAAGUCAAACAAUGCUGUAUUUUUAGGGGAUCAGCUCCUGAACAUUUUGGUCACACCACACCUGGUGUCGUUAAGUCAUUUCAUAUUCUGUAGCAUUCAGGAUUGCUGUAUGUUGAUAAGGAGAAACGCCUGCACGUAAAAAGCAGCUGCCUCUCUUUUUUUUUUUUUUUUUUAAUUUUUCAAAUCUAAGGUCUUAUCAAGUACAUAUUUACAGUAGCAGUCAACACUUUUAAAAUAUUACAAGUUUGUAGUGAUUGCUUUAUUUUUGUUUAUCUUGUACAGCCUUGUGUGUUUAGGCAGUAAAUGGAAUAGGAAAUUACACCAGCGUGCGCCGACGACGUCGUCCUAUAGUCGGAGUCGACGUGUCAAAUUACAAAUGCAUAUUCUACCAUGCUUAUACAUACAAGAGGGUCAGUCAAUCAUUACCUGCACUUUGGUGAUCAUUGGCUGUACAGCGUUCCUCACACACUUGUGGAAACCUGGUGUGUCUGUGGCCACAGUGGUCAAGUUUCUACCUCGAUCCGUCCGUUUCUCUCAUUGUUUUUUUAGCAGUCAACAUGGCUGUUCCGCCCUCUGUUUGCACCAAAGAAGAAGAGCAAGCAGUGAUCAACUUUUUCUGGACUGAAAGCGUAUCGGGAGGGAAAUCCUUGUUACUUCAUCAGAAUCGUGGUACAGACUUACCUCAAUGGUGUCCUCAUUAGUGAACAUGGACAAGCGUCCUGCUCCUCCUUUGUGCGUAACACUUGUCCCACCACUUUUGAACUUCUCAAAACUAUUCAUAAGAGACCCGGCUGUGGUAAAACCCUGCACAUGUUGUGCGGAAAGCCUCCUGUGGACCUUGGCUCUGGGUACACCUUCAGGCCAUAAAAAGUGGAUCACUGCUGGCUGUUGUUCUCUGGUGCACACAAAGAGCGGAGCGGCCAUCUUUACUCCUAGAAACAACACGAGCAACUGACUGAUUACGGUCAAAAAUUUACCAUUGUGACAACAGCCACACCAGGUUUCCAUAAGUGCACAGGGAGGGCACAUCUACACUGUAUAUACUCAUUUAUUUAUUGUCUUUGCUGAAUUAAACUAGAUUAGUAAAACUUUCACUUUUUGGCACCAAUAGUAUUCUUCAAAUUAGUUUUGCUGACGCAUCUGUUCCCAGGUUUUCCAAUGCGAAACACUAUUGCAGCAUUAACAUGUUAUCGAAAUUGGUGGAGAUGCCACUCGCGACGUUUCAUGUUACCAUGUCAUUGCACGUAUGUGAAUAUCUGGUUGGCAUUUAGAGAGAAACGUAAGGUCAUUACUGAUUUGCUACAAGGCCUGUACAAAAAUCAAUUUAAAAGAUAUGCAAACUACAGUCCAACCUUUUCUACUUGGACAAACUUGUAGCGGAUGAUUAAAUAAAGAAACUGUCGUGGUGCAGGGCGAUGGUCUAUUUUCAUGUACCGUCGAUCUCUCUCUCUCUGCUGCAGCAUGAGGGUCUCUUGUAUUCUUGCAAUUUCAGGCCACUCUUAUCCUUUUAUAUCUGCACCAGUGUUAGGAAACCCAGAUACCCUCACCAUGGGAUGACCAAGUGUUACCAUAUACGGUAUGAUGGUAGAAGUGUUUGCUACUAAAGAUAUCGUUUAUUUAUUAAAUUUGGUAGUAAUAACAUUAUUUAUAUCUCACACUACAAGGUACUUACUCAACCAGAAUGGAGUGGUAGGCCUUGUGAUAUCCUAACAGUCUGACUUCUGUCCCAUUCCAUAUAUGGUAACACUUGGACAUCUGACCAUGUCCAAUCCGGCAUCCCGUAGUGUGGACCCUGUCAAAAAAAAAUCCAACAUACCAUGCUAUGCCUCACUCACCUGGCAUCUGGUGGCAUAAUGACGACUAGCUGCACUCACCGUCUGUCACAGUCACUGCUAUGCAUGGACGAGAAGAGAGGCGUGCUUGAUUAACUCUGUCGGUCUCUCCUCUACUGUGGGAUGAGAACAGGUGAGAUGCACUCCUUUCCGUACUCCGUCUCAUGCUGCCUAGUGUGUAGUGGUUUGAAAAAUGAGGGAAUCAAGGUCUGUAUGAGGCGUUUUGGGGAAGAACAAGACGCAGCACAGUCACGCUCUCAGACGUCUUGCACCGUGCGACAUGUGCAGUAUCUCCACCAUUGUGUAUCUUCUCAGGUGUUGAUGUCAAGUGGCUAAGUGUCACGAUCUCUUGUAACUCGAACGGUAUGGAACUAAAACGAGAUACGGUGUUUGCCUCAGCUAUAGCCCGAGGCCGAACUCACCCAUAACAUAAUAUUACUGUACCCCGGUAUGCUGUAUUUAAAGCUACUGAUGCACAUCACAGAUGUCUGUACACACUGUACAAAUGAAUGCAAACAAGUUCAGCCAUGUUUGCUGUUCUUUUAGGGUCAUCACAAGGGGCUGUCCAAGGUCAUGUCACUAAAAGCAAAUUUCCACUCUACGCAGUGUUUCAGGAUACAUCACUUAUGUCAGACGAGCAAUACGUUGAGCGCGUAUCACAUCGCUCCAAAUACAAUUUGACCGGAAUAGGUUAUGGUUUUUUAAUUUCACAUUUUUAAAUGAGGUGAAACAUCAACUUUAUUUUACAACAAAAUUGUUUUCUCUCAAUUGUCCUACUGGGUGCUACCAGCCUGAAGGACAUUCCUAUGACCUUUCUAAUGGGAAAACUCGAAUAUUCCAUUUGUCCCAUAGCAUGUGAACACAGUGCACAUGCAUCACUAUUUUAUAAUCUGCACUUUCAAGAUGGGAACAAACACUAAUAAUGUGGAGGCCAGGUUAAAGAGCUAUUACAGUGUAUAUUUUGUUUUAAAUAAUUGGGGUAAUAUAAAAAUACUUUACAGUUCAAAUUUAAAAAUCAAAAGUGCACAGUGUAAUAAUAGGUGCCACCAAGUGGUUGGAGAUAUUUAAAAGGUAAUUUCAAAUUAUGACUUUACUAAUGCAGGAAAUCCAUCACCGCCAAAUUGUUAAUCCGAUGGACCCUUCAUCCCAUUUCACUAGCCUUCAUGGCUGAAGUGUGACCAUGUAGGUCUUUACGUAACACAGAGGUGGCCUUUACGUUGACGCACAAAGUGCAGUCCACACUGUGAAGGUCAGCUUUAUGUUGACACCCCCUUUUUGGUGACCUUGUACCCUCUUCCAUAUUGGGGGGACGGGGACACGCACUAACUUUCAUCAACGUCUGUCCUGCACCCCUACAAUUCAAUUAAAGCCACACUUGUACUGCAUUGAAUUAAGUUCUUACUGUUUUAGGACAGAUUUAUGUUACUUAAUUAAAAUAACAAAGCCAUAUGCAUGGAAUUCCAUAUUACAAAGACAAUAUGAGGAUGACAGUAAUCACGACUCUCGCAACGGUCUCAAACGACCAACUUAACAAAUUCACGCUUCGACAAUUCAACCGAAUUCGUGUAGGAUUCUCCUGUGGUACAGAUGGUAAGUUCAUGCGUUCACAGCUCAGGUUCUUGCUUGCUUUAAGAAAGCUCUCAAAGAGCACAAUCUCAAUAUUUCUUCAUUUAUUGAAAUUCAUAUACAAAAGAAACAUCUGACUAAAAAAAAAUUAAAAAAAACUAGCAGCCGCCACUAAAAAGUGAAUUACUGAAAUGUACAGAACGCAGCACUCUGAAGGUGCCCGAUUUGGGUUUCUCUCAGAGGGCCACCUGUAGAUAACACAAGAGACGACCUAUGAAUUCUGAUCUUUUGCAAAUCGAAGAGGUGCGCCUUACAGCUCAUCGGUUUCAGUUUCCAGCGGCACGUAGUGUGACCUCACAGGUGGGGUGCAGAGACAACACAAUUGAAUUUAGUUGUACUGUUCAAUAUGCUUUGUGUACACAGCGGCAUUGAAUUUGGGGACGGCGCGGGAUGCUGCUUUUCAUACUUAAAAUACAAAAUCGCACUACUAAAGUGUGUUUGCCAGAGCACAAAAUUCACAAGAGCUGCUCCGACUCGCACUUCUAGAAACAUUCAAAGCCAUACACUGCAGGCCAUUAAUCAGACGCAUGCUGCUUUCAAUUCUAAAUGAGGUCUUGAACGGCACAAGCUGUAAACAAAUAAUUUGAUCGAGACACGAGAAGAUUUUUUUAUGUGAAAUGUUUUAUGUAUUUUUGUAUUGUCGAGAGAUGACCAAGAAGGAAUGGCUGGCUGGCUCUCACGGGGUUUUGUACGGUACAUCAGGUCUCCUAAUCCACGCGCGUUGCCCCUCAAAGACGUCUGACAGUAUUCUGUACCACUGCAGUUUGUCUUUCAACAUUCCGUUGCUUUUGAAGUUUAUUUUAAAGCAGAAUAACAAAUUGCAAUUUGCUUAUAAAUGUAUUUUAUACAUAAUUAUUUUUAUAUGUAUGUGUAUUGUUAUUUUCAUUUUUUCAUCUUUUCCUGUAAAAGAUUUCCAAUGCUUUUAUUCACUCUCAAUAAACCAUUUCAUUUUUUCUUA